CUUAUUUUGACAUCUACAUUUUUUUAGAUUAAAGAUUGAAAAUUCCAUGUUUAACAAUAGGAAUUAAUCUGGACUGCUAACUAGGAGAUCGUUUGGAUAUCUACGGUAGAUGGCAAAGCGAAUUAUAAUUUGUUUGGAAUAACCCUCAAUUCAAGGUGAACGAUGUCCAGACUACUGUUGAGGUUGAACUAAAACAUACACCUUCCUACAAAAAGGCAUGGUUUGGCCGCAGACGUGCUUUCAAAUUCAUAUAUGGUGACUUUGAUCACUCAUUCGCACAACUUUCAAGGUACAUGAAUGCACUUCAACAUUUUAAUCCAGGAACAGUAGUGGAAUAGAUGCAUGUCGAUGAAUCGACAUCAGAAGUAAAUGUUUUUAAAUAUGUGUUCUGGGCAUUUAAACCUUGUAUAAAAGGUUUUAAAAGAUGUAGACCAAUCAUCUCUAUAGACGGCACUCACAUUUAUGGAAAAUAUGAUUUAAAGAUGUUGAUUGCUGUGACUGCUGAUACAAAUGGGCAAAUAUUUCCACUUACUUUUGCAAUUGUUGACGAGGAAACCAAAGAAGCAUGGUCAUGGUUUUUGUCGUGCCUUGAAAUUCAUGUGGUAGUUGGUCAUAGAGAUGUUAGAUACAUAUCUGAUCAUGCUCCUAGAAUACUUAGAAGUUUUAAUGAUUUGGUUGAGUUACAUGAGCCGAAUGCAUAUCAUCGCUUUUGUCUUAGGCAUGUGAAAAGUAACUUUCUGUCUAACUUUCCUAACAAGCAACUUGAGGGAUUAAUGUGGCAGGCUGCUAUUCAACACCAAGAAUGUAAAUUCAAAACCGUCAUGCAAUGUUUGAAAGAUGCUGAGCUAGGUGCGUACAAUUUCUUAAUGAAAAUUUCAUUAGAAAAAUGGACAGUUCAUCGUGAUAGUGGUAAAAGAUGGGGCAUUUUAACAACCAAUCUUUCUGAAUCUUUCAAUGGAUUCUUAAAGAAAUCUCGAGGUCUCCCAAUUACUGCAAUGAUUAAGCUUACAUACUAUCAAAUUGUGGAAAGAUUUGUAUCCAGAAAGCAGUAUGCACAAGAGCUCAUUAAUGAAAAAGAACAAAGGUCACCUGUGGUUGCAAAGAAAAUUUUGAAGUAUGAAUUGAAGUCUAAAAAUCAUCAGGUAACAACUUAUAACAGAGAAACGGGGGUAUUCGAGGUUGAAACAUAUCAUCGUCAAGGUUGUGGUGGCAGAAAACAUAUCAUUAAAUUUAGUAGGAAUACGUAUGGAUGUCAAAAGUGGCAAGCAUAUCACAUUCCAUGUUCACAUGUGUUGAAGGUUACUGAGCAGAUGAAUAGGGUUGCACAUGAUUUGGUCAGUGAUAUUAUAGUACGGUGAAGUAUUUUGAGACAUAUCGUGUGUCGUUUCAACCUCUUGGAGAUGAAGCAAAUUGGCCGGAAGCGCCCUUUAAAAUGAUUUGCAAUGAGACAUUUAUCCGAAAGAAAGGAGCUAGAAAAACUACACGUGUUCCAAAUGAGAUGGACGUUGGACGUACAAGAUACUCAAAGUCUUGUGGAAUAUGCAGAAUAACAGGGCAUGACAGGCGUAACUGUCCGAACCAAGAACGUGCAAAUAAUAAUCGUAGACAAUAGCUUAAGAAUAUUUGUAGUUUUAAUGUCAUAUUAUGUACUUUCUGUAAUGAGUUGAACAAAAUAUUUUAGUACUAUUAAUACCUAUGGUAAUUGAUUAAUUGAUAAUCAUUUUUAUGGAGAUCCAAAAAGUGCACUCAUUUCGACUGAAUUCUUAAAGUAAAAAAGAAUAGAAAAGAAACCUUCAAAUAAAAGCCUUAGGACUUCUUUACCUAAUGGACAAUUGAAAGGAUGCAAGGAACAUAUCAUGUCUUGUUAUCUGCUUUAAAUGAAGACAUUUAAGCUCGACAUAUCCUGGUUCACUGGCAAAAACUCGAGCAUAGAUUGUUAUUUGCCCCUAAUAUUCCUUCAUGGACCAAAGAGGUGCAAAUCUUUCAUGUCAUUUUUCUAGAUCUAUGUUAACAACUUAAACAUGU